CCCGGCACCGGUGUUUGUCGUCCUCUUCGCGUCGAUGGUGGCACCGCGAAGCUUGGCCCUGGUGGAGGUGGCGAAGCGCGAGGGUGGCCCCUGGUAUGAAGCCAUUUUGCGGGAUUUGCAGCUGGACAAGGCUUGGGUGGCCUUCGACAAGGGCGUGUGGCCCUCACGGGAAGUGCCCUGCAGUCACGUUCGCCCACGAGCCAAGAGUGCAGCAGGAACCUCUUUCGUGGAGAACGCGGAGGUGGAGGUGCGCCUGGCCACGUCCGAGUGUCCAGCAUGCUGGUGCCAGGCGUGGAUGGUGGCCCAUGAGGAGUCAGGUGAAGUCGCUCGAUGCUACGUCUCGGGGCAGGGUGAAGUCACCGUGCCCAUCGAGGCCAUCCGGGCCAAGAGUCAGGAGAUGAGUUUGAACCCCUUGGCCUUCACACGCGUCGCCGUGGAGGUGGAACCGGCUCUGCGGAAGUGGCUCUCCUUAAGCGACUGCCGUGGUUGCUUGGAGCAAAUCCGCUCGCUGAGCGCGCUGCACUUGGCCACGCCCGGAGUGCAAAGCCCCUCCGGAGGCAACGGCGUAGUGGUCCAGGAACUGGACAGCAUCAUCCUGCUGGGAAGUGAAGAAGCAACGCAGAAGGCGCAGAUGGUUGUGAAGAUCCAUUUGCAGCACCAAGCGGAGGUGGAAGCCUUCCACCGGCGGCGAAACAAGAAGUUGGCACUGCUCAAGGAGCUGGAAGCGAAGAGCUCCGGCGAAGCCGCUGCGGCUGUGUUGGAGGUGGCCUCGGGCCUCGUCGGACGCACCUGUGGCCGGGGAGGCGAACGCGUGCAACGCCUCGAGAAAGAGUUCGCGGUGGAGAUUCGCCUCGCCGGUGACGACGACGCGCCGUGGAAGACCUUCCUCAUCUACGGCGCCGAGGAGGAUGCGGCGGCGGCUCGCGAAGCAUUGGAGCUGAAAUCCGUGGAAUAUCCACUGUCAGAAUCAAGCUUGGCCUGGUUUCGGAAGGACAAUCGCAUUCUUCUGGACAUUGCGAAGAAGGCACAACUUGCUGCCGCCACUCUCCAAGACGGAGGCUUGGAGCUGCUAGGCUCGUCCAGUGCUUUGGAAGAUGCCAAGCUCUUGUUGGAAAAUCACUUGGAAUAUUUGCCGGUGUACGAGGAGAUGGACCGACAACAAGAGGAGAUCCAAAAGUCCUUCGAAGCUCUGGAACGUUCCAAGCCCAAGUGGUCCAACCCAUCGAGCGGGGAUCCCCAGAGAUGCUCGCGCGACCGCGAGAGGCACGAGAGGCACGUCAUGGCCGAAAAAUCCGAGAGACGACGUCGUGGAGACCUUCACAAGAGCGAGAGAUCGGUUGGAAGGUUUGGGGGGAUGGCUGGCAGGGAUGAAGGAAGGAAGUGUCCUGUAGGAGGAGGUUGAAUUAUGUUGAAUUCACAAAAAGCAAGUGUCCAGGAAUGUCUGGGGCAGGGCGGUUUAGGAUUCGAGCGCGUGGCAUUCUGGCAGACUGGAAGACCUGGAGGGUGCCGGCACUGUGAAUUACAGCCAGUGCCUCAUUUGGACAAGACGUGCAGCGAGGGUUGGGAGUUGGUUCUACCUUUUGAACGACCCUGGAGGCAGCAAGUCAUGACAUGCCAUGCCAAGUCGAGUGCGGG